GAGGUCAGUAAAUAGUGGUGAUGUCAUGCAGGCAAGAUGGCGGAAGGGGAGGACGUGGGCUGGUGGCGGAGCUGGCUGCAGCAGAGCUACCAGGCAGUCAAGGAGAAGUCCUCCGAAGCCUUGGAGUUCAUGAAGCGAGACCUGACGGAGUUCACCCAGGUGGUGCAGCAUGACGCGGCCUGCACCAUUGUGGCCACGGCCAGCGUAGUCAAGGAGAAGCUAGCCACUGAAGGCUCCUCGGGGGCAACAGAGAAAAUGAAGAAGGGGUUGUCUGACUUCCUAGGAGUGAUCUCCGACACCUUUGCUCCCUCACCGGACAAAACCAUAGACUGCGAUGUCAUCACCCUGAUGGGCACACCCUCUGGCACAGCUGAGCCCUAUGAUGGCACCAAGGCCCGCCUCUACAGUCUGCAGUCAGAGCCGGCAACCUACUGCAAUGAACCAGAUGGGCCCCCGGAAUUGUUUGAUGCCUGGCUUUCCCAGUUCUGCCUAGAAGAGAAGAAGGGGGAGAUCUCAGAGCUCCUUGCAGGCAGCCCCUCCAUCCGGGCCCUCUACACCAAGAUGGUCCCAGCAGCUGUUUCCCAUUCAGAAUUCUGGCAUCGGUAUUUCUAUAAAGUCCAUCAACUAGAGCAGGAGCAGGCCCGGAGGGAUGCCCUGAAGCAACGGGCAGAACAGAGCAUCUCUGAAGAGCCUGGCUGGGAGGAGGAAGAAGAGGAACUUGUGAGCAUUUCACCCACAUCUCCAAAAGAGGCAAACGUUCCUGUGGCCCAAACUUCCCCAUCCCCUGAAGGAGGACCUGGCCCCCUGAGCCCCUGUGAAGAGAAUCCGGUGGCUCCCGCUGAGCCUCCUACAGAGGUGACUCCGUCAGAGAGCAGCGAGAGCGUUUCCGUCGUAACGCAGAUGGCUAAGGCUGCCGCUGCCGCUGAGGCACCGCUGCCGCCCAAGGACCUGUCCCAGAAGCUUCUCGAGGCAUCUUUGGAGGAACAGGGCCUGACUGUAGAUGUGGGUGAGACUGGACCCCCGCCCCCGGCUCCGUUCAAGCCCCAGCCCCCUGCUGGCCGCCCUAGCGGCCCCGAGCCCAGGCCUCCUGCCAGAGUAGAGACUCUGAGGGAGGAGGUACUCACAGACUUACGGGUGUUUGAGCUGAACUCGGACAGUGGGAAGUCUACACCCUCUAACAAUGGAAAGAAAGGAAAGCCGCCACCAUGGGCAGUAUGGAAACAAAUGGCAAUGGCUGUGCUCCAGAAUUUCACUUCCCAAAGCAAGCAGCUCAAGCACAGACAUCAGCGAGGACUGGGAAAAGGACUUCGACUUGGACAUGACCGAAGAGGAAGUGCAGAUGGCACUCUCCAAAGUGGAUGCUUCUGGGGAGCUGGAAGAUGUAGAGUGGGAGGACUGGGAAUGAGGGGAGCCAGAGCGUGCAGCUCCCCCUGCCCACAGAACCUCCCACCCCCUCGCUCGUCUCAGCCCAGCCCUGGAAGACACUGACUGAGAAUGUCCCCCCAAUGGCCUCUGUCAACCAGAGCUCGGGUACAGAUUCUGGGUGGCUCUUUGCUGGUCCUUUGGGCCUCUGCUCACAUCUGGGAAGGGGCUCACUAAAUCCAAACCAGGAACUCUGACUUGUGCCAACCAUAGGAUGACUCAAGGGGGAGGAGACCUACCCCUCCUCACCAGAAGAGCCUACAUUUCUCUGCUGAACACCCACUGUUCUUAGGGACUCUUGCUGGGAAGUCCCAAGGGAUAAUUCUAGCCCUUCUACCUGUGUAGACAGAAACUAAGCACCAGUCUCUUGGAGGAAGCUGAGACAACACUCUGUCCACCCAUAAGCAGGCAAGGAAGGCCAUCCCACCUGUCCUUGGCUAGACAGGAUGGCAAGCACAUCCUGGUUUCUAGCCUAGUGAGUAAGAGGCAUUCGUCUCUGGGAAACUUGCCUCUCUUGGGGAUCUUCCCCUCCCAGGCAUUUUCCAUUCCCAGAAAGGUUCCUUGUGGUUCCGAAUCUAGAGACCAAACCCUGAGUUCCCACCUCCUUCCUUCUGUCCAGCCCAGGCUGGUAUGUCCCCAACACCUCUCCCAGGGCUUCUUCAUGUCAGAUGCACCCAAGUCCUUAGCCCAGCCGUGCCACCUGCAAGAGUCUGCUCUUGCAUUUCUUCCCCUCCUCAAGAAGGGAGGGGGUCACUUCAGGCCCUUCUGUGCAUUGCCUGGCGGGAUACCUUGUCCAACCAGCUACCCACCUCGACCCCCCUGUAGCUUAGGACACAAGCCAGCUACCAGCGGUACGGAGCAGCGAUCAAAGCCGAGUACUUACAACUCCAGUAAGCCCAACUUCUCCACCUCAGCCCUUCUGCUGCUUGAAGGGCUAUGCUGGGGGUGAACUUCUUGAGACUCAUCAGGCUUCUGCAAAAGCUCUUCUUCCUGAAGACUGACCCAGUCUUUGUGGCUCUCACCCUUCACUCUGGUAAAGCUGUUCCUCUCUUGGGGGAAUGAGGGGCUGCAGGAAUUCCUGGAGACCCUGGUGCUUCAUGAUGCUGCUCUGGUGAUUCUGGUACAUAAUCUGGUGUAUUCACCAGUGAAGUAAAGGGAUUGUGGUCAGGUCUGCCAAGAGAGUGGUGGUCCCUUCCACUUCAAACCUUCAUUGGAGGGGGGUGGGAUGGAAAGAAUGUUGAAUCUUUUUUUUUUGAUGGGAUGGGGUUUUUCUCUUUGUAAUUAUUUCUUUAGUUUAAUUAACCUUUUGGUUGUUUGUGCAAUAUUAUAUAUUUUAAAUUAUAAUGCAUCUCCCCAGAGUAUUUUGUAGCCAGGAAAAGAAAAAAGGGAAGAAAAAAAAAAAAAAAAGAUUCUAACAGCUGUUAGUUUUGUAAUUAAAAAAAAAGAAAAAAGAACUUUGUCCUGAACCUUUUCCAGACUUGCCAUUAACAGCAUUAAAGAGAUUCAACAGAA